ACCCUCCUCCCAAGCAGCGCCGGGCUGGUAACUAACAGCCAGGUGAAUAUGCCUGAUGCGAACGACUCAGAAACAGAGAAGGCAGCGACAAUGGCAACAGCGACUCGAACGAAGCUUGACCGCUGGCUCGAUGCCGUCGUCCAGUUCUCGGGCUCGUCCUUUGUAUUCCUGCUCACGUUCGGCUCCGUCUUCGCCUGGGCACUCCUUGGCAUCGAGUUCGCGUCUACCGUUUCGUGGGCAGUCACCAUCUCGAACGUCCAGGCGAUUGUAUGCUACAUCUUUGAUUCGCUGCUGAUGCGUCAGCAACUCACUGGGUACGAAGAGGACAUGCGCAACGCCGCUGUGCUGCAAUCCCGCCUCAUCAGCCACAAGCGGAUGAUGACCGAGGCACUUGGAAACGCCCGGCUCGACAAGCCAACCCGUGCAGAAGUCAAGUAUGCCAUGGCAGCCACAAUUCAGGAGCCACGAAGCCCAGACACCCGCUCGACUCCCACGGCCAUCAUGCAGCACUGGAAGCAUCGUUUCUCUGACGCAAUCGCGGCUGUAUUGGGCCACAUGGUCACGAUCUUGUUGUUCUGGGUCUGCAUCGCCGUCUGGCUGGGCUUUGGUCCCGCCAACGGAUGGAGCGACGAAUGGCAGCUCUACAUCAACUCGUCGACCUCGGCGCUGCUGCUGCUCGUCUUCGCGGUCCUGUCCAACAUUCGCAACACUCAUGCCGCGCGCACACAACAGGCCUUUGCGUCCCUCGCGCGGACGGAUGAGGAGCUCGAGAGGAGGCUACGGCAGAUCACGGGAGAUGUACAGCCAAACCCGAUGGUGACCGUCCCAGUUCCAAAUGUCAGCCGGGGUCAACGCGCCAUCUUCUACUAUGCCGAUCUCGUGGGGACCCUGACAGGCGUUAUCAUCAUGCUUGUGGUCAUUGUGGCCUGGAUCGCUGUCGGCCCAGUGCUCCAGUUCAGCGACAACUGGUGGCUGCUCAUUGGCACCUACGCGGGGCUCAUCGGUAUGCACGACGGGUUCGUCCUCGAGAACAUGCAGACGUGCCUGCACGGCUACGUGGACGGAGCCCUGGCCACAGUGCAUGAAGGAGACGUCUCCCUCAUGCAGGAUCUCGGGUUGCUGCUGCGGCCUGAAGACGGUGCCGCGCCGGAGGAGCUGGAGAGUCAGCGGCAGAAAGAGGCCGUGGUCAGUGCCAUGUCACGCCCGGUGGUUGUCCUGGCCAACGUCGUCCUCAUCCUUGGGCUGCUUGUGGGCGCCAGCCUCCUGCAGUGGAACGUCACGGGCCAAUUACUGUGCAACGUGCCUCCCAGCAUCAUCGAGUCCUUCAUGAUGCUGAUUGUCAUUACCGGGCACGACUUAGCCGACAAGAAGCGCCGCAGUGACCUGAAGCGCAUGCUUGAUCACCGGCUCGAGUUGCUCUGCUGGGCUCGGGGGACCUUAGUCCCAGAGACCAAAUAAGAUGCCCUUGACCAGUACGACAGCGCGCAACGUGGACUGCAAGGAAGUGUGCAUCUCCUGGCUUGGUCUUUUCGAACCCAAUAAUUUAUGUCAGCCCUCUGGAUUCAGUCAGCGGAUCUCGUUAGGGUCCAAAAUUUCCCAUACGCCAAUCUUCUUUUGCUGUCUGUGUCUGAAGAGAGCACGAUCCCUUCUUUUUGUCAUUUAUUUUGGGCCAGUUUGGCGAUUGCCGUCAUCGAUGGAAGUUCCUAGAUAAUUAUGCCCAAGGUCAUCUUUUGGCAAACUAAAAAAUUGGUUCCGUGACGAUUCUGAAUGUCCUAU